AUGUACGCUGCAGGCAUCGCCAGUGUGCGCAGCCAGCCUGACCUGGCCAGUGUGCUGCAGCAAGCCUAUGCCUGGAGCCACCAUCUGUAUUUUUCUGUCCUACCAGGCAGAGAGUUCGAAGGUGAGGAAGAGUAUCUGGAGAUCCUAGGGAUCACGCGAGAGCAAUCGGGCAAGUACGAAUGCAAAGCUGCCAACGAGGUUGCUUCAGCAGACGUCAAGCAAGUCCGGGUCACUGUGAACUACCCUCCCACCAUCACAGAGUCCAAGAGCAAUGAAGCGGCCACGGGACGACAAGCCUUACUCCGGUGCGAGGCGUCAGCAGUGCCCACACCUGAUUUCGAGUGGUACAGAGACGAUACCAGGAUAAACAGCGCCAACGGUCUGGAGAUAAAGAGCACGGGGACCCAGUCUCUGCUGAUGGUGGCCAACGUCACUGAGGAGCACUAUGGGAACUACACCUGCGUGGCUGCCAACAAGCUGGGAGUCACAAAUGCCAGCCUAUACCUUUACAAGCGAGUUUUACCCACACUCCCCAAUCCUUUUCCAG